AUGGAAAACUCUAUUCAGCCCGAGUGCUGUAAACGCCAUCGUUCUUUCGACUUAUGUAAUUUGGAUAAUGAUUCUUCAGUAUCAGCAAAGCUUGAUGUUCAGUGGAAUAACAACCUCUGCACUAAAUUGCAGGCACUUAAUGAAGAUCUCGCAAUACUUGGAUUGAAACCAUUUUUUCGGAAAUCCGAUUCGUUUGUCCCGACUAUUGAUCUCAAUGCCUUAACUUCUGCCUUCUCUAAGUUAUUUGAGCGCCAUAUUCAGAGUCUUAAUUCUAGAGGAGGUUUAGAUGAAGCCAUUUCUCGUAUAAAAGCAGAGCUGGAGUAUUCACAUACCAUGCAUGAACGGUGUAAGGAAGAGCUGCAUUCUGUUCAGUGUUCGCUAAGCCAAUCUAAAGAACGUGAGCGUCGAAGUGAAGCAGAGAAAACAGAUCUCUCUAACCAAAUUCGCAAGCUUAAGGAUUCUAUUCGUCGACUUGAAUCGGAUUUUCAAAUUCGCAACACUCAGUUUCAGCACGAAAUUCUUAAGUUGCAGAAGGAGAACGGCACAAUGAGGGCAAGAUUUAUCAAUCAUUUGAAAAAACCUAUGGCUUCUACUCGCAGACCUCCCAUUCCUUCUCAACCUUGUACUGAAAAUACUAAGAGUGAGCUAGAUCUGGCACGAUGUACGGUGGAUCACCUGUUAGCUCGAGAAAAUGAACUCUUCCAUGAGAACCGUGAGCUUAGAGACCUAAUUUCUGUUCUUUCUUCUCGGAUGCUUCGUUUUUCUCAAUAUCUGCAUGACAGACGUCUGGGGGUGAUUGGCGGCGAAGGCGACAAUGAUGGAUUUCAAGAUUUGGAGCCGGAGGAGACAUCUUUGGAUGGAUCAACUGAAUGUGCAAAUUCAAGCAGUUCUGAUGAGUCAACAUAUGAAGGCAGGGUUUCCCAUUGUUCGCCUUCAGAUAAUCUGAGAGAGGGCCCUUCGCGUAGGCGAAAAUCGGCGAAUGUGCGCCACCUCUUACUGGAGAUGCCCUUCAGCAUGGUUCGAAAUCGCCUGACAUGCCGGGUGCAUCGGCUAUCAAGACGCCUCUGGAAGGAAAUAAAAACUCUCAUGCAGACACAGAAUGAUAACCCGUCGAUGGCCAGUAGUGGAUCGCAAAUGGGACCUGAGCUUGAGGAGAAGCUUGAAGCAUGUAGACUAAGAUCGGCACAUUGCGAUGAGGAAUUGAAUAAAAGUAAUGACAAAUUAUCGGUUAGUUGA